CGAAAAGGCAACUGCGCGUCACGAAGCCACUAGAAUGGUUUCUACAGAGAAGUGCCUGAGAGAGACCGGCGUGGAUGGGGUGAGGGGCACUUAUACAACCGUGCCUCGUGCACAUCCACCCCAUGCGGACCUCGCACUCGAGCACCUGGCUACCGUUAAGAGCCUCAAGACCCGAACAUCAACGAGCACGGUCAGAGGUCAUUUGUUUAAGAUCAUGGAUCCCAUUUCUGAGCAGGCAGACCGAUCUGAGGGAGAUAUUGGGACGGAUCAGAGGUCGAAUGUCGUUGAGGAGUAUAUUGAGGUUGCGAAGAAGAUGGAGGAAUGUAUGAAGAGGGAUGCUGCAGAGGCAAUGAAGAGGGACAAAUGA